AUGAACCCCAAACUUCCCUACGUUCUCCUGGUUGGAGCUGCAGUGAUAAUCUUCAUCCUCUCCUGCAUGCUGCUGAGCAGGGGGAGGGGAUCUCCCAGCUGUGAAUCCCAGCCCAGCACUGUGGAGAAGACAGGCUCCGUGAGCCAGAGCCUGGUCUUUGCUGACCUGACACCCGAGGAGAUGGCGCACGUGGUGCGGUACCUGCAGGGAAACCUCGGGGUGCCGCUGGUCGAUGCCUCGCGCGCCAAACCCUCGGACAACUGCAUCGCCUCCGUGGACCUGCAGGUCCCUGCCAAGGCGGAGGUGCUGCGGUUCCUGGACGGCGGGGGGGCUCGUCCCGCCCGGGAGGCACUGGCCGUGCUGUACUUUGGGAACCAGCCAGACCCCAACGUCACCGAGUACGUGGUGGGUCCCCUGCCAACGCCGGCGUACCACCGGGACGUGACGGUGCGGAAGUACGGGGGGAAGGUGCCGUACCACCGCAGACCGACGCUGGGCAGCGAGUACAAGCAGGUGGGAGCAUUCUUGGAAACGGUGGCAUUUGCUGCAGCGCCAAGCUUCCUGCAAGAGGUCCUGGAGUAUGACAGCACCAACGUGGUGUUUCAGACCACAGCCCCUCACGGGUUCCAGUCUGGAGACCGUAAGUCCUGGUUCGUUUUGUUUCAGAACGUGAGUGGAUUCCUCUUGCACCCCGUGGGGCUGGAGGUGCUGGUGGAUCACAGCAGCCUGGACAUCUCCCGGUGGGUGGUGAGCAGGGUCUUCUACAACGGGCAGUACUACAGGGACAUGGUUCAGCUGGAGAGUGCCUACGUGCAGGGCCGUAUCAGCGUGGAGAAGGUGAGGAAGGCGCCGAGGGACGGGGACUUCUCCUCCAUGAAGCCCCGAACACCUUCGGCCGCGCUGUUCCCGCUGCAGUACGAGCCGCAGGGUCCUCGCUACAGCGUCAGCAACAACCUCGUCCUCUUCCAGGCCUGGAGCUUUGCCUUUGGGAUGAGCGUGAGCACGGGCCUGCGCCUGUUUGACAUCCGACACAAGGGGGAGAGGGUUGCCUAUGAAAUCAGCGUGCAAGAGGCGCUGUCCGUGUACGGCUCCAACUGCCCGGGAGGGAUGUCCACGCGGUACAUGGAUGGGAGCUUUGGCCUCGGGCGCUACACCUCCCCCCUGGUGAGAGGGGUCGACUGCCCCUACUUAGCAACAUACCUGGAUGUGCACUACCUUGCUAAUUCCCAGGUCCCUAGAAUUACCAAAAAUGCCCUCUGCAUCUUUGAGCAGAACCUGGGCUCCCCUCUGAGGCGCCACUACUCCAACUUGCAGUCUCUCUACUACGGGGGGCUGGUCAACUCUGCUCUGGUUGUUCGGUCCAUCACCACCGUGGGGAACUAUGACUAUGUGUGGGACUUCAUCUUCUACCAGAACGGGGCCAUUGAAGGCAAGGUGCAGGCCACAGGGUACCCGAGCUCAUCCUUUCUCCACGGGGAUGGCCUGAGAUAUGGCAACAGGCUUUGGGAGCACACACUGGGUAUGAUACGUACUCAUGCCAUCAAUUAUAAGGUGGAUCUGGACGUGGGAGGGUUGAAAAACUCCCUGGUGGCCCACGACAUGGCGUUUGAGAUGACACGGGCUCCCUGGAGCCCAGAGCAGCAGAUAGAGCGGCCACGACUCACCAAGAAAGUCCUGGACACAGAGGACCAGGCUGCCUUCCGACUCCAGUCAAAGAUGCCCAGAUACAUCUACUUUGCAGCCAACAGCAAAAACAAGUGGGGCCACCAGCGUGGUUACAGGAUCCAGAUCACCAGUUUUGCAGGGGACCACAUCCCUGAAGCCAGCUCCAUGGAGAGGGCCAUCAGCUGGGCAAGGUACCAGCUGGCUGUCACCCGGAGGAAGGAGGAGGAGCCCACCAGCACCAGCAUCUACAACCAGAAUGACCCCUGGACACCCACUGUCGCCUUUGCCAACUUCAUCAACAACGAGACCAUCACCAAUGAGGACCUGGUUGCCUGGAUAACCACUGGCUUCCUUCACAUCCCACACUCUGAGGAUAUUCCCAACACUGUGACUGUGGGAAACUCGGUUGGUUUUCUCCUGAGACCCUACAACUACUACGAUCUGGACCCCUCUAUAUACUCCCACGAUGGUGUGUUUUUCACCAGCGAGCAGGACUUCAUGGCAUGUGAAAUCAACCCUCUCGCCUGCCUGCCCAAAACUGCCUCUUGUUUGCCAAACUUUCCCCCAUUCACCUAUGAUGGUUUUCAAAACACGAGCAGGCUUUAA